GAAAACAUUCUGUAAUGUGAGGACAAAAUGGCCGCGUCCUUUCCUUUUCUUUCAAUGUUCAAAACACGAUAAAUGAGUGAUUGCUAAUCAUCGAAAUUGCAUGUUUGUUGCAAUCGAUUUUGAAGCCUUCAGUUGUAUAGAGUAAUCAUUACUCAGACCUAAUUUUAAAAUGAAUGUAAUAUUUUCCAAAAUUGCAUCUGUUGGUGCAACACAGGUGAGAUUGACUUGCUGGCUUGAAUGAAAUGAAUGAGAGUGCUAUACUAUUACUAUUACUACUAUUGUCUAUUGUCAGUUGUCAGUAUGCUCUUAAGUUCACUAAGUUAACUUAGUCUUAGUAAUAGAGAGUAGAUGAAAUGUAAUAAGUGAAUACUACUGUUGGUAAAUUCACAGAAGAGAUGCCAAGGUUUUUUUUUCCAAUGGCCCCUAUGCCUAUCCCAGUCCUGUGCCAUAUAAUAUACUAGUCACAAGUCAGAACUAGAUAGAUCACAAUUGACUUAGCUUCACAUAUUUUGAUUAUAUUUAUAUUCUUAAUUCUUAUUCUGAUCUUCCGCCACCUGAUGUCAUGUAUGAUGUAUGUUCACUGAAUGAAGAUUUAUUACACCAUAUUUAAAUAUAGUUAUAGACUAUUUCUAAAAAACAAAAGGUUUUUUAUGCAAAGAAUUUGAAAGAAGAGAUGAGAUGCCAUGAAAUCAUUUGCCUUUGCAUGUUUAUUAAAGUUGUCUGAAUUAGGGUUCAGGUUAGGUUUAGGGAUAUAUUUAGGGUUCAGGUUAGGUUUAGGCUUUAGGGAUACAUUUAUUUAGAUUUAGUGUCAGAAUUAACUGGUCUUGUCAACCAAGAUGGCAGCCAUGGGAAAGCAACAUGGCAUCGCUUCUUUGCAUUUACCUUUUUUUUCUGUAGAACUCAGCAUUACAAUACUAUACUUUCUUUCAUACCCUGAUAAAAAUUAUUUUAGGCACUUUGGUAUUAUCCGGAAACAUCAGAAAAUGAAUUAUCCUAAUUUUGAGUUCAAAAUGGUGACCUCCACUUUUUAAUUUACCGAUGGCGCUGUUGUUUCACUUCAUGUAGUAGAUUUUUAGCUCAAUAUAAGUACAAAGUGUCUACACAUCAGGCCCGCUGGACACAUAGUGUAGGAGAUAUGCGUCGGGCGGGCAUGUCAACUGACCGCUGGACGACUAGUAGGCGUUAUUAUUCCGGCAGGUAAUGUGACAAGUGGUCGCUGGCUAAAUAGUUGCAUUGCAUUUGAUAUUCCGAUCCCUAGAUAAGAAAUAAACGCUGAACAUGUUAAUAUAUUCAAAUGCUCUGAGUUAAAUAAAGUGUUUGCCUUUCAAUCUUAAACUAGUCGGCCAAUAUACUAAUUAGUAGUACAAGUACUUGUAAAGCUCUACCUUGAAGCCUAAAUUUAAAAUAUGAACCAAAUAAAAUAAGACCAGUAGACUUCAAUAGACCUAUACCCUUUGUCAAUAAAGUUGUAUUUCAGGAUUAAUAUUUAAUAUUGCAUGACAAGUAGGCUAGGCUACCACUUUAUCGGCCCUAUAUUAAGAUGUAGAGUGUCACAAAUGACUCGGGUGGGGGUAUAGGACAGAGCUUAGUAGUUAUCAGUGCGUAAUGAUGCUGUUUUGUUUGGGUUUUCCCCAUGGGCCGCACCACGUUAGCUGGAUAUUGAAUGAGCUGUGGGGGGCACUUCCGGGAAGAGAGGGAGAGAGAGAGGAUAUUAAAGGCGUUUGAAAAGGUUAUAUUUUCUUCAAUAGAUUUAGAUUUAAUUGUUGUUACAUCAAGAAAUGAAUACAUAUAUAUAAUUCAUACACCUGGAGUUGGAGUUUUUACGUUGUGCUUCUGUCUGUCCCAACGCCUAGACACCCACAAUAUAAUCACAGAGAGGAGCGGUCCUAUACUAACCAAUACUAUAUUAAUAUAGUUUGUUAUAUGUCAGGACCGGAGCCCUCCUCCGCAACAACCGUUCUGUGACAUCUGGGGGCUCAGUCCGGGGUCUAGGCAUCAGGAGAUAGACAGGGCUGACGUAAUAGAGUAAGAGGACAGAAGUCAAACAGAAGGUGUCUUGGGAAAGAUGACGCCAUUGCAGUGCAGACAAAUGGAGGAUAGAAGACCAGCAGGGUACCAUCAAGUAAGGCAGUGGAAUGCAUCACUCUGCUACAGGUGCCAUCGGACAGGGCACAUUGCAAGGUACUGUACUAACGCACGACGGUGCCACAGAUGCUACUCAACUGGUCAUCUGGCACGAGAUUGCUGCAACGAGCGCCGGUGUUUUCGUUGCUAUGCAACUGGACACCUGGCCAGGGACUGCGACCGACCACGUGUCUGUUUUACCUGCCUACGCCCAGGCCACACCACCGUGACGUGUCGAUUUCAGGGUCGGUGCUACAAGUGUCACCAACAGGGGCACGUGUCAAGGAAUUGCCCAAUUGUCCGUGACAAGGGAGAUGGAAAUUCUAGUUGUAGAGAGGUGAAAACGGCAUCCACGUGUUUCAGAUUAGGACAGGAAAAGAAGUGUGUAGAGAAGAAAGGGAAGUUAUUAGUAAGGAAAAAGAAUAAUAGGACACGUGUGAUCAAGAACUGUGAAGAGAACAGAAGUAAUAGUGAAGAUGAGAUUUUUAUAGGAGGAAUUUCGAAUGGCAUCGGAGUAAAGGAAAGUGUCUAUGGAUUAGUUGAAGAUAAAAGAGUUCAAGUGUUUAGACAUUAUCUGUGUGGUGACAUAGUGGUCAGGAAGGACUUGGUAGAUGACAGCAAGUUGACAGGAGAGAGGUGCACGAUCGUAUUGAUGAAUGAUGCAAGGCUAAAAGGAGGGAAGGCAAUAGUAACAAUCAGUACUCCAUAUGUUUCUGGAAAGGUUCUAGCAGUGUGCAUUCCCGACAUUGUCUAUGACAUCAUAGUUGGACAAGUAGUUUAGGACUCAAUGUUUUUAUGUGUGAGUGAUUACAGUUUGGAGGUAGCUUAGGUAGACGGAGAUAGAGUGUUUAGUUUAGUAUGAGAAUAAUUUUCAUCGCUUCAUCAAGGACACUUCCUGUAAGAGACAUGAGGCAUGCUUUUAAGACUUUAGUAUCUUUAGUUAAUUUAGUUGUGCUAUCUUUAUUUGAUUUCAGACUCGUAAUUUUUUUUAAACUUGUAUAAUUUAAAUAAUGCUGGUAAUGGGUAUAAUCAUGUGUUUUUAACACUUGUUGGGUUGGGUUAAACAUAUUAAAUGAAUCACAUAUGCGGGUCGCAGCCCCUGUGCUAUUGGCAGUGAAGGGUUUUGCUUGAACAGGGCAUUGAACAUUGAAGGAGACAGUGUACGUGGGCUUAUUAUGCUUCAGUUGUGUUUUUGAUUAUUAAUGACAUAAUAACAGGGAUGUUGUUAGGGAAAUCAACUGUACUCAUCUACUUCAGACCGUGCAGGGCACAUGAUGGGCUGCGUGUAAACGAUGUUUAGAGUGUCAAAGAUAAUGUGUUAUUAGUAUUGUUGUGUUUGAUAAUUUGAUAUUAUUAGAUGUAUGACUAGUCUACACUUAGAGAUGUGUGAGACAGCAUUAGAGUUAGAGAUAGUCUGCACUUAGUGAUGGUGUUAGACAGUACUAAAUGGAGAGUUAGUUGUAUAGCAUAAGUUGAAUGGUAAGCCUACACUACGUAAUUUGUUGAAUAGGGUGGGAUGACAGCUACAACCUGCACUGGGCAAUGUGUAGAGUAGCAUGAGAUGGUCAGCUAUAGCCUGCACUGGGUAAUCUGCAGGACAGCUUGGUUAGGUCAGCUAUUUCCCACACUGGGUAAUGUGUGGGGUAGCAUGGGUAGGGCAGCUAUAGUUUACACUAUGUGUGUGAGGUAGAAAUAGGUAUCAUUCAACCUGAUUAGUGGAUCGUGGAAUCAGAGAAGGUGAUUAAGACUUAAGGGAUAAGUCUAGUUGAUAGUAUGACGUUAGUCUAAGUUAUUGUGCUAGACACAUAUAUUCUGAUGAUGGAUAGAAUAUGGUACCUUAAGGGGUGUAAUAAAGAAACAUAUUGUCAAAGAGUCACUAAGGAUAAUUGUGGUCUCUGAUUACAAACAGGGUUCUGAGAUUGAUAUAUUUAAAUGAAAGAUCAAAAUGUUUAGAUACGUUGUUUUUUUGUUUAGUAUUUUAGGGUAAAAUGUUCGCGUUGUUGAAGACGAUGAUUAAUUUUGUUGCUUAUUAUUGACAUAAGCAUGAUUUUUUUGUGUUGCUAUUUUUUAAAAUUUUGAUUGAAAAAGUGAAGAUGAGAAUAGGUGACAAUAGAAUUAGUGAAGCAUAGAGUAAGAGCUGGACCCAGUGUUAUGUACAGAAAUAUAGUUUGGUCAUUUGUGGAGUUUUUGAAAUUUGUCAAUGUAUUAAAAAAUUUCUUGAAGGGGGGACAUAUGUCACAAAUGACUCGGGUGGGGGUAUAGGACAGAGCUUAGUAGUUAUCAGUGCGUAAUGAUGCUGUUUUGUUUGGGUUUUCCCCAUGGGCCGCACCACGUUAGCUGGAUAUUGAAUGAGCUGUGGGGGGCACUUCCGGGAAGAGAGGGAGAGAGAGAGGAUAUUAAAGGCGUUUGAAAAGGUUAUAUUUUCUUCAAUAGAUUUAGAUUUAAUUGUUGUUACAUCAAGAAAUGAAUACAUAUAUAUAAUUCAUACACCUGGAGUUGGAGUUUUUACGUUGUGCUUCUGUCUGUCCCAACGCCUAGACACCCACAAUAUAAUCACAGAGAGGAGCGGUCCUAUACUAACCAAUACUAUAUUAAUAUAGUUUGUUAUAUGUCAGGACCGGAGCCCUCCUCCGCAACAACCGAUCUGUGACAUAGAGUAUAUUUCUUCGUGAACUAUCGGACUCCCCGCCUUAAACUUUAUUAUUUAUCACCCUCAGUAUUAUUCUUUUAGCAUUCGUAUUUCUUAUUACCGUUUUUCUCUCUCCCUCUUAGCAUUGCUUCCUUCUAGCAUGCAUUAUUGCUUAACCUUCACUUAAUCCUCAAAUACCCAAGUAUUUUUUUCUAUCAUUUGUUUGCAACAUACUCAGUAAAUUACUUGGUGGAAAAAUAGAUUUUAAAAUUAACAAUAGUUUUGAAUCAUUCCCGAUCACGUGACAAGGCAGACGAACAAAUAUCUCGCGCCACUUUGUUACGGCGGUCAUGUGACUUGGUUGCCGGACAAAUAUCUCGAUAAAGUAUUCUUCCGCCGGUCAUGUGACUGGUUCGCCAGACAAAUAGUGCAGACAAACUUUGCAAGAAGAAAUAGCAAACAAAAAAUAAACAAGAUCCCAUUAGGAUGCCGAUCCCAUUAGUAUCCGGUUUCACGGUGGGAUCCUCUUCUCCAAUGGUGUCCCAUUUCCUGUUGAAUCCUGAUCCCGGUUUGAUCAUGUUACCUGAUUAGAUCGCGUACCGUUGGGUUUAACUUACUGCUAGAUCUCGUUAACUUUACGAUAAGCUUUUAUAUCCCUUUCUAUAUCCCCGUAGAACUAUAUAGAAAUUUCUGGAACAUUCUAGAUUAAAUUUAAUAACCUCCUUGAAACGUGUAAACAAUAAUUUUCUAAGUAAUUAUUAUUUGAACUCGAAAAAUUAUACAACUAAAUGCACUGCUAUUGCUAUAAUACAUUUAAGCUAAAUGAGGGAGCCGGGGUGCAUUUCAUAAUUUUAAUGAAUCAGUUUUGCCUGAGAUGGGGAACCCCAUAGAAAUCAUUCAGAUAAAUUACAGAGUUAAAAUUAAAAGUUAAAAUUUGUCCGAUCAAAAUCAGUUUAAAAAUACCAUAGAUAUAGCUUUUUAAAGUUAUCGAACUAUCUAGAAAAUUCUAGAUUGGAUAUUCUUAGUUUUCAAUCCACCGAUAUUUCAAUACAGACAAUGAAGUGUAUUGCUACCAUGCUAGACCUUUAUCCAUCAAUUCACCUAUAGUGUUGUCUAAGCCUAUUGAUAUUUAUAUAGCUUAUAUUAGGAAAAAUAAAAGGGGCCCCCUGCGUUAGAGGGAUGGAUAUUAUGAGUUCAGUACCCUUUGGUAUUUGAGUAUUGAUAAUCAAGUGUAUGUGUAAUGACUUUAGUCAAUAUCCAUCCAUUCAUGUAGGAGUAGGAGUACUUAUUUGUCAAUUUAUUUAUAUAGCUCAUAAAAGAAAAGAACGAAUUCGGGGCGGUAUGUUAUAAAAAGGUCACAAGCCUUUAUGAGUUCCUUCUGGAUAACAAUGUGUGCCAAGUUUGGUCAACAUCCAUCAAUCCAUUUAAAAGUCUUUGUGGAAGAAAGCCACAAACAAACUAUUUUCACUUUUAUAUAUUUAUAUGUGAUAUGAUUUUUUUUUAAUGAAGUACCUCCAUUUAUUAAUUCACAUCAUGUACAUAAAGAAAUUUCAAGCAAUGUUAAUAUAUGUCAGCCAUUUUGGUUUUCCGUUAUCUCGAUCAUCGGUUAUCUCGACGCUUUUUGGCAAACCCUGAGGCCGUCGAGUUCUACUGUAUUUAAUUUUCCGCAGAGAAAAGGAAAUAUUACGCACCAAAUGCAGUUGCAUUAUUUCCAAAGGAAAAAAAAUAAUCUUUUAGCAUGCUGGUAGUUAUCUGGAAUUCUAUUUUGCUUGCGUCCGACAACAAUGCCAUUUCCCAUAUCCAAAUAUACAUCACAAAAUAAAAAGCACAUAGCAAAAGCUACCAAAUAUGCUGAAUUGGAAGCAGCAAGCUUAUUAGGAAGCAGCCCGAAAUGGAAGUAGUCCACCAGAUGGAUAAUAUAUGUAUAAGAGAUUUAAUCACAUACUGAUAUCUCAAUAUUCCACAAGAGAAUUAUAUUAUAACUAAGGCUUAACUGGGUACAGUUUUUUACACCCAAACCAGUUAUUUUGAGAAAAUACCUGGUGGGUCCAAGUGUUAACAAAAAAGUUAACUUCUUAUUUUCUAUAAUAUAUGCCAGCCAUUACAUAAUAUGCCUACAGACAGUCCUUCACCCUACCUGCCCGCCUUUAAAGAAUAUGCCUACAGACAGUCCUACACCCUACCUGCCAACCUUUAAACAAUAGGCUUAUAGACAGUCCUACACCCUACCUGCCCGCCUUUAAACAGUAGUCCUACAGAGAGACCUUUACCAUACCAGUGGUUCUGUAUUGAUUAAUAUAAUACUCACCUCUCCCCCCAAGAAAAAAUUCAACAUUUACCCGAGUUCAACUGUCACGCAUAAAACUCACUGCGUGACACCAGAAACAAAAUAUAUAAGAGAUCCUCAAAUAAAAAAACACAUUUUCUGGCACAAUAAUCCAAGAUUUACUAAAGAACAAUCUUCUUAAUAAUUUUUAUUUGAUUUACCUCAAGCAAAUGUCUAGAACUUAUUUUAAUUUCUUUCAACCGCCAAAGAUUAUUCAAACAAACAAAACAUAUUGAUUACUAACUUAAAAUGACAUACUAAUUUUUUUGUCAUGUUCAUAUGGGACCAAAUAUAUAAAUUUAUGGUGCAAUAAUAAGUAUUAUCCUCAAUAUUAACUAAAUGAAUCAAUUAAGCCCUGUAUAAUUUGUUUAUACUUAUAAAAGUUGCCAGGAAAUUUUGAAAUGAAUCAAAUAAAGCCUAAAGAAUAUCAUUACCGGACUAUUAUUUUGUGGAAAUUUAAGCAAAUAUAUAUUUUACAAAAUCAAUUAAUUAAGUUUUUAUGUCAGCUAAUUUAAUACAUUUUUAAUAAAGAAAAUUAUGAGUUUUGUUCAAUAUUGGGGAAUAUUAACAAUAUCCAAAUUGAUAUCUUAUGGUUUAUUUAGUUAAACUCAUUUCUUACUAUAGUCUCUGUAAAUAUUAUAUUUUAUCUCAUUUUAUAAUAAAGUUAUAGGUUUAAAAAAGGCAAAGUAAGGGUCACAAAAUGUGGAGGAAAAUUCCAUAGUAAAAAAGAUUUUUUGAGGUCUGUAAAAAAAAAAUCAUAACUUUACAACCACUUGUGCUAGAAAAUGGAUAUUGGUGUUUUUGUCAACUAUUAUCUAGGCUCUAUACAGCUGUAUUAUUUUUAUAUAUUUUUAAAAAAGUUUUGAAAUUUUCACCAAACAUCCUAAUUAUAUGAAUUUGUGGCAAAUUUAAGCAAUCAGCACCACUCAUUUUGCACUACUUUUUUCCCCCCACGGCUGCCUUCUUUGUUGCCAUAAUGUUAGAUGUUUUACUGCAACAAAGGUGCCUGGUAUGUUAAAAAAAAAAGGAUUGCAAAACAUGUCUAAAAAAAGGGGGGGGGGGGGGAGGAGGAGGGAGAGCAUAGGUUGUUUUAAUUACUUACCAAGAGAAUAAAAAAAAAAUUAGGAAAAGCACAUUAAAAUUUAAUGUAAUAAGUUUUUUUAGAAAAAACUUCAAUCCUAAAAUCUAUAAAUCUACCUAACCUGAAUGCUAAGUCAGUAUCCCUAACUUAAUUGUAAAUUUCCCCCUAAAUUUUGUCCCCCCUAACUUGAGCAUAAAUCUUCAAACCUAACAUCUAGGACCUAGCGCCUAACAUGAACCGUAAAACCACAUGUUGGUGUGCUGCAGUUAAACACUGUAUUGCAUUGAGAAAAUCUUACACUUGAAUACAAAGAUUAAAAGUAUUUUAAAAAUAUUUUAUAACAUCUCUAUUGCAGGUUCCAUCAAAAAUAAAAUCCAAAAGAUGAAAGAAAAAUCCAAAUCCAUUUCCAAAAUGCCAACUAAAUAACCUCUGUACUAUAGCCUCGUUUUUGAAGUUUUAUAAUUAACCACCCAAUAAAAUAUUAAUUUUCAAAAGCCAUCAGUCAAAAAGAAUCUAUUGGCGUAUUAAUAUUUAAAAUAAAAAGGCUAACCCUCCAAGAAUAAACAAAGGGGAGAAAAUCCUACACACAAACUCAAAAUGGUGCGGAUUUAUUGUCCUAAAUUGACAGAAUAUGUAUUUAUUGCCCAGAUUUAAGUAGGCCAACUUCAUCAAUAAAGUUAGUAUAUGGAAAUCGAUCAUGGCCACUUUAUUAAUCACUGAUCACCAUAAGAGGCUUAUACAUGAACUAGUAUUUUUAUUUUGGCAUCCGUCCAUCCCAUUGUGAAGAUGGACUAGACUUCGCAGUAUGAAAAUUAAAGUAUAAUGAAGUAUAAAGGUUACCGAAAAAUUUUUGAAAAGAAAUUUCAUCGACAGAAAAUUGAUCAACGGAAGAUUGACUGAACAGAAGUUUGGUAGAACUGAAGUUUGGUAGAAUUUUAUUUUCAGUUCACACUAUCUUUUGGAGUGCACUAUACUAUAUAGUACAACAAAUUAAUGCGUUCAAAAAGAACCCUGAUUUUUUAGGGGAUUCUUUAAGUUUAUUUUUGUUAUGAAUGUGGGAAAAUUAGUACUGGUCAGCUGGUUCAGAAUCUGUAGUCCCCCCUUUAAAUCUGUAGUCUUUAGAUCUGUUGUGUCCCCUUGUUGCCUGCCCAUGGAUUCUUUAACCUCUUUUGUUGUAAACAAUCUGUGAGAUUUUGUCCAGAAGUUAAUAAAUAUGUUAAACUACUGCUCUGGCAAAUCGGAAAAGCUCUCUUAGAAUGUUAAUGAAGUUAUGGAGAAUCUCACAGAUGCAUCUUUCAAAAUCAGUUUGAGAGUCAACGAAUUGUAAGAAAAUUUGAAGCAACUUGAAAAUCUAAAAAAGGAUAUUUAUUUUAUGAAAAGUUCAGAUUGCGAGGAAGCAUUAUUUGAUACAAUUUUGUACAUACUGGUGUUGAUUUAUUUAUUUUCAUGUGUAAUGUUCUGUAAUGUUUUUACUAUUUCUUAUGCUUGUCACUUUUAGUAUUCUAUAUGUUGUUACUUUUACUAUUUCUGUAUGUUUUUACUUUUCAUUACUAUUUCUGUAAUUUUGUUACUGUUACUAUUUUUCUUUAUGUUGUUACUUUUACUAUUUCUGUAAUUUUGUUUCUUCUACUAUUUCUGUAAUGUUGUUACUGUUUCUGUAAUGUUACUUUUACUAUUUCAUACUUGAAUUAGUUCCCGAUUAUUUAGUACGAUAGAGAAACAAACCAAUUAAUUCAUUAUGUAAAUAAGCGUCAGUGUAGUUUCUUUGAAAAUUUUUUAAAUUUCAAAAGUAGAUAAACAUAUUAUUUUUUUUCUUCCAGCUCAGCAGAUUUUCUCUCAUGACCAACAGAGUGUGCAAGUCCCUCUUGCAACCUUCAGCUUGUUGCACCUUAGGCAGCACUAACACUACACUAAUCAAUACAGCGGUUCCUGCCAGGGGCAAGUGCUUUGACCAUCACUUCCUGAACCGUUGGAUGGCACGAGAUUAUAAGAGGAGGGUGCUGUGCAAAGAACACUUCCCUGUUAGGCAGCGUCUGAUUGCCAUCAAGAGGUGUUCUGUGCUUCCCAAGGAAAUACAGGUGCUCAUUUUCAUUGGAUGCUUGGAUUAAUGUUGUGGCCUUAAUCAAACUAUAACAGUUAAAUGUGAUACCUGCUAAUGUUGUGGCCUUAAUCAAACUAUAACAGUUAUAUGUGAUACCUGCUAAUGUUGUGGCCUUAAUCAAACUAUAACAGUUAAAUGUGAUACCUGCUAAUGUUGUGACCUUAAUCAAACGGUUACUGGAAAUUUGAUCGAAAGAAAUUUCGUCGACAGUAAAUUGAUCAACGGUAAUUUGAUCGAAUGGAAAUUUGGUCGAAAAUAUUUUUCAGUUCACACGUUAAAAUUUUCGCCAAAUUUCUUUUUCAACGCACUAUACUAUGAAGUAAAACAAAAUAAUGCGUUCAAAAUGAAAUUUGAAGCAAAAUUUUAACGUAAAAACUGAAAAAUCGAUUAGACCUAAUUUUCGUUGGAUCAAUUUACCAUCGGCGAAAUUUCUUUCGAUCGAAUUUCCGGAUACGUAAUCAAACUAUAACAAUUAAAUGUGAUACCUGCUAAUGUUGUGGCCUUAAUCAAACUAUAGCAGCUAAAUGUGAAACCUGCUUCUUAAAAAAAAAACAACCAAUUACUUAUAAAUGGAAUUAUAAAUAUUUGGUUAAAUUUACUGUUUUAUUUGAAAUCUAUUUAUAUAUCUAAGCAUAUUAAAAAAUUUUUUUUAACAAUUGUUGACGGAGAAAACGAAUCAACAUCUAAGAAUUAUGUAUGUUGUUUUUAUUUAGGCGAUUGCUAGAUUAGAAUGUUUUUAAUGUGUUUGAUCUCCUGGCUCAAUCAAACAGUUUUUGUCUUAACCCAGUGGUUCUCAACCUUCCUAAUGCUGCGACCCUUUAAUACAGUUCCUAAUGUUGCGGCGACCACCAGCCACAAAAUUACUUUCGUUGCCACUUCAUAACUGAGAGCAUAUGUGUUUUCAAAUGGGCGACCCCUGUGAAAGGGUUGUGCGACCCACAAAGGGGUGGCAACCCACAGGUUGAGAACCGAUGUCUUAACCAUAGUGAGUUUUGUGGAGGAGGGGAGAAGGGGGGGCGGGGAGCAUGACAUCAUUGGAUUUGAAAUACUGGUAUAGAUCUAGUUAUAUAAAGCACAAGAUGGGACUAACAUACUAACAUUUAAAAAAAAGCAUUAUCAUGGAUUUGAUCUAUAACAUCACAUGGUGUUUCAAAUGAAAUUAUUUGAAAAAUUCUGAAACAUUAAGAAUCAAAUUAGAAAAUAAUUUUGUUAAAACUUUUGUACCAUUUUUGUGGGCCCAUUUUGUUUCUAAUAUGAACUGUUUUUUUGUUAUCUUUGACAGGAAGUUGCAAGUCAUGAAUUGACAACUUUUCCAAGAGACUCGAACCCCAGCCGUAUCGUCAACCGUUGUAUUUUGACAUCCCGACCCCGGUGGGUCAUCUGGAGGUUCAGGCUAAGCAGAAUUCAGUGGCGAUUGUUGGCAGAUUACAAUAAAAUGAGUGGCGUUAUGAGGGCGAAGUGGUAGUUUGUAAUGGAUAGCUAAUGAAUGAACUUUUACAAGUGAACUCUAACAAUAGGGGAGAAUGAUGUGCUAUUAAACAUAUUGCCUUGCCGUCUGUUGAGUGUUUCUGGUGACAAGGUUUGAUCAAUCUGAUCAGUUUACGAUUAAUUGUGUUGAGUGAUAAAAAAAAUAUAUAUUUUAUUAUAUUUCAUUGGAGAAGUUUUUGAGAUUUCUUCAAGUGAAGUUUUCAUUCCAUGAUUGUUUCCUGGAAACAUUGCACCUGUUAGUGAACUAUAUCUCAUCUGUUAGUGAACUAUAACUCACCUGUUAGUCGGCUAAAUAUUUACCUUUUAAUCAGCCCAGUUUGAUAAAAUGGAAAUUCCAAUGAAAACUCCAACCCAAAAUUGUGGUGUAAGAAAUCAUAACAUUUUGAGUUUCAGUGCGAAAAAGUUCUCAUUUUAUUUCAUCAAACUUGUGGAUUGAGCUGCCACCUAGCAAUAAUAUGUUCACUUUACUAAGGUUUUUUCCAAUUUAGACUUAGUGUAAAUGUAUUUGAGUUUGCAUUUCCAAGACAUGAAAUAUAUAGAUAGCAUAGGGGGAUUCUCUGAUGAUUAUAAUGUGUCACCUAAGAGGAUGAGCUUAGGAUGAGUCUGAUCUUUUUACAUGAACAGACCUCUUGUCUCUUUUAAGGCAUUGCUGUUGGUGAGGAAAUGAUAAAAAUAUAGAACGCAUUUCAUAACUUUGUUUUAAGAACCUCCAUUGUGAUGUUUGUUUGAAUCAUGGUUCAUUUCUAAAUAUGCCUGAUAACUGACUGAGGUUUAACAGGUUGUUUAAGGUGAGACAGAAGGAAUGCAUUUCUAAAUGAAAAACAGAGGAACUCGAAGCAUUUCUGUUUUAUUAUAUUGUGCCCACUGUUAACAAAUUAAAACUGAGAACGUUCUAUUGUUA